UUUAAUAAAGCUAAUUCAAUAUUUCCUGUCUCUGAAGCUGACUUUAUUCUUCAUGAGUGGCUUAUUUCAUAUUGUAAUAGUAUGGUUAAACCUCCUAUUAGAAAGAGUAAUAAUACUAUAAAUAAUGUUAAUGCUAAAAGUAUUCUUGAUCAAAGUGAUACAGAUAAGACUGAUAAUUCACAAGAUUCUUUGAAUAUUAAUCAAGAAAAAAAUAAAAAAACUGUCCAACCUUCUAUUAGAAGACAUAAUGAUAAUACAAAUAAUGUAAAUAAUGUCAAAAAUACUCUUGAUCAAAGUGACAUGGAUGAGGCUGAUAAUGCGCAAGACUCUUUGGAUAUUAAUCAAGUAAAGAAAAAGAAAGUUACUGAAGUAAAGGCAAAGGAGUGCGCACUACCACCAAAAAAGAAUGUCAAAUGGCAUAAUGGUAACACAAAUAGUAUUAAUAUUGAAAGUGAUUAUGAUCGAAGUGACACAGAUGAAACCAAUAAUGCAGAUUCUUUUAGUAAUAACAAUAAUAUAAACUUUGAACAAGAUAAUAUAUAUAAAGCUGCACAUAAUUCUAAUACUUUAACCACCAUAAUUGACAUUGAUAAUAAUUCCAGUCAAGAUGAAUUAUUAAUACUUAUGAAAAAUAGAUCGAAAAAGAAUAUUCAAUGUCCUACAUGGAAAGAGAAAAAGGAAGCAGAAGGCAAAAGAACCUUUCUUCGCAUAAAGCAAGAGUUACAAGGAGAACCAAGAAAA